AUGGGAAUUACCUGGUCGCAGAUCUUCCCGCCCCCUCCUACCCUGACCGAGGUCAACCUCCCCAGUCAGAAUGGCAAAGUGUUUAUUGUAACUGGAGGAUACUCAGGAGUUGGCUUUGAGAUAUGCAGAAUUCUUUAUCGAGUAGGAGGAACGGUAUAUCUCGCGGGUCGGUCUGAAGAAAAGGCAUUGGCUGCGAUCGCGAAGAUCAAACGCUUGUGUACCCCGACUUCCCCAGAGGGAAACAUCAUGUUUCUCCCCCUGUCGCUUGAUGACCUCACAACUAUCAAGCCCGCAGUGAAGAUGUUCACCACAGCUGAAUCUCGUCUGGAUGUUUUAUUCAACAACGCUGGUGUUUCUAAUCCUCCCCAAGAGACUUCGCCCCAGGGUCACGACCUGCAAUUGGCAACUAAUUGUCUCGGGCCGCAUCUCCUCACUCAACUGCUUCUGCCAAUACUGCGGCGAACGGCUGAAGAUACAUCGGUCUCCAGUGUACGGGUAAUCUGGACAGCAUCGAUUGUUGUUGAUGCAUUCGUGCUUGAGACCGGGAUGGAGCUCGCAGAACUAUUACAGAAAGGCACAGACAAAUCACGCUAUUACUUCAACACCAAAGUGGGAAAUUGGUUUUUGGCAGAUUCCCUCGCAAGUCAGAUUGGGGGAGAUGGGAUCCUGAGCCUGGUGCAGAACCCAGGGAAUAUUAAGACGAACAUCAUGCGCCAUAGCCAGGCUUAUGUUCCUGUUCUUCUUGGGCCGCUGCUUUACGCCCCUAGGUUUGGGGCAUAUACUGCUAUCUGGUCGGCUUUUGCCAGUGAUUUAAAUAUUGAUGAUGGGGGAAAUACAUAUUGCCCUGGGGCCGUAUACACCCUUGUCCAAGGGAUGAUUUGCUGCGAGCCAUGA